UUGGGGUUUUCCACACGGGAGCGAGCACGCAGAGCCAUGGUGACAGAAGCUCCUCCGGCUGUGCUCAUCUCCUCUGCGGACGCUUCAAUGCAGGGUUACCCUCCGAUAUCCACACUGAAGAUAUUUUAAGAUGUCAUCCUGUAGCAAAGGGCAUUCCUGAGACGAGGUAAAACUGUCAUCUUGUUGAAUACUUGGAUUUGUUGCACCAGAUGGAGUGGGUUUCAUCAGAUGACGGUCUUGGAGGAUCAAUGGAGGCCCUUCCUUACUUAUCUGAGUCUUCUCAGUCGGUGCCCUCCUCCACCAACAUCUCAGAACAUGAGUUCUCGUGCCACUGUUGCUACGACAUCUUAGUGAACCCCACCACGUUGACCUGCGGCCAUAACUUUUGCCGUCACUGUUUGGCUCUGUGGUGGGAGUCCUCUCACAAGAACGAAUGCCCAGAGUGCCGGGAGAAGUGGGAAGGCUUUCCUAAAAUCAACAUACUGCUGAGGGAUGCAACAGACAAGCUGUUCGCUGAGGUGGUUCAGCGGAGGAGAGCAGAGAUCCAGGAUAACCCCAAAAUCUCCCGGGGUUUGCUGGCCUUUCAGAGGUAUGGUGAUAACUUGGGUAGAUCCAAAACAAACCAGCACAAAGGAGCCGGCUUCUUCUUCUCUGGGGUCCUGACCGCACUCACUUGUGUGGCUGUGAUGGUGCUGGUGUAUCACUGGAGCAGCGGUGUGGUGGAGCAGCAUGAAAUGUUGAUCAGUAAACCCGUGUCUCACUGGACGCCAGAGGACGUUGUGUCCUGGCUGGAGUUCUUGGGGCCCUGGGCCCAGCUUUACAGAGAGCCCUUCCAGCAGGAAAACGUCAACGGCAGGUUGCUGUUGAUGCUGGGGGAGGAAGAGUUGUUAAAGGCUCCUUACAGCAUCGACAACCAGGCUCACCGCCGGGCUAUUCUGGCUGAACUGGACAGAGUGAAAGCCCUCGGGGUCAAACCUCCACAGAACCUCUGGGAAUACAAGGUUACUAAUGCGGGGAAGUCGCUGUUCUUGCUGUACGCACUGAAGCGCUCCCCUCGCCUCACACUCUUCUAUUUGUAUUUAUUCGACUACUCGGAAACCUUCCUGCCCUUCCUGCAUACCUGCUGUCCGGCCAUCACAAACAUCGGACAGUCAGUGGAGAGCAGCUUCCUCAACACACAGAUGGAGCCCAGCUGGCGGCAGUGGGCAGAGUUUCUUGUGAAGUACCUCCUACUCCCAUACCAGCUGAUAGCUGAGUUUGCCUGGGACUGGCUAGCCGUUCACUACUGGACGUCUCGCUUCAUCAUAGUGAACACCAUGCUGCUGUCCGUGCUGGAGGGCUGCGCGUUGUGGAGACUCUGGACGAGAGCCAGCAUCAGGUCUAUGCCACGCAAGAUGUGGAACCACUUGUGGAAGAUGCUAUCUCAGGGGUUUGCCUUCGCCCUCCUGUGGCCUUUUGUCCCUCAGUUUGUGUGCAACUGCCUCUUCUACUGGGCUCUCUACUUCAGUCCCAUCAUCAAUAUAGACCUGGUGGUGCAGCAGCUAAUGCACCCAGAAACACAGGCACUGUAACAAACUGCAUGCUGACAGUGCGCCAUUAAUACCAUACACUUCACAGCAAAUACCAAGAGGCGCUGAAGAGGAGAGGGCUUUUAUUUUCAGCAGUAUGCUCACAUGUGACUGGCUUACUUGCUGUUAGCAAGGAAGUUUUCCAGCUUCCAAGGCUUGACUCUGCUCGAUGUUUGCCAUGGGGAAUAAGGGAUUCUUUCGUACAAGAAACAAAACCAACAAGAGGAGAAAUAUCUGUGAUGUCAUUGAUUACUGCAGUGAUUUCUCUCUGCGUGCACGGUGCAUUCACAAACCAGAUUGCCUAGAUGGUCGAGAGGGCAGGUAAGAAAUUGCCUGGCCUCUUAAGUAAUUUUCUCAUAGCUUUGUAGCACAGAGGGCUGUAGUCCAAUGAGAGGUGAGCUUUUUUAGGCAUCUUGUUUGGCUACUUUUACUAAAUGUCUUUAUGGCAUGUAAUCCACAGCAAGAAAAAAUGCUGCUUUAAAAUAAUCUGAUUGGAUGAAGCAGUGUAUAUAAAUCCUUUUUUGGCAUGAAUUGAAUUGCGUUUUCUAUAUUUUCAGCGCAGUCCUGGCUUUUAAACGCAGUCCUCGUGCCACAUAGCUCUCUGAAAAUUCACUAUACGAGGUUUGGUGACGUGGUUGUGAAAUGUGUCAGAUGUUGAGGCUGGUAGUUCUGCUGCCUGACGGGAACCUCAGGCUUUACAGUUGAUGUGAAGGAAAACAGAACCGUGUUUCAGGGAGUCAAGAUGCCCAUUUCACAGUUCACGUGUCAUUUAGAUUUUGAAAUAAAACAUAUGGUCUUUAAAACAUGGGGGAUGCUGGUAAAGAUAUUUUCUAAUUCCUAUGAUUUUAAGUAGAAAAUGUAUGGAGCAGAUUUUACUUGCUGACAAAUAUCAUGUUGCAGAUUAUUUUUUAUUAUUCAGAAACAUUUUGUUUGCAGUAUAUGUUUCCAUGUGACGGGUGGCUAGACCUAAUCAAAUACUUUUAUUUUAUACUUUGUUCAUUUGCACUUAAGAGUUAUACACUGUGAUUUUGUUCUUUAAUGUACUAUCAUGACAAGAAAUAAAGAUUUUUAAAUAA